AUGGCAGCUCCUGCCGCCCCAGACCUGCGUCCAGAUGAAGGGCUAGUGGUAGCAGAGCUGGCUGCCAGGGCCAAGCCCAGAAUGAGUUGGGAGAGAAUCCACAGCGUGGGUGCGGGUCUCCAGAACACUGGAAACAGUUGCUACCUUAAUGCAGCCUUGCAGUGUCUGACGCACACGCCACCUCUUGCCAACUACAUGCUCUCCCGGGAGCACUCUCAGAGCUGCGGUCACCAGGGAGGCUGUCCAAUGUGUGCCAUGGAAGCUCAUGUGACCCAGAGUUUCCGCCACUCCGGGGAGGUCAUGCAGCCUUCAAAGAAGCUGACUGGAGCCUUCCACAAGCACAAGCAGGAGGAUGCCCACGAGUUUCUGAUGUUCACCUUGAACGCCAUGCACGAAUCCUGCCUUCGAGGGAGCAAGUACUCAGGAGCCCCAUCUGAGAACAGCACCCCUAUCCACGCGAUAUUUGGAGGCUCAUGGAGAUCUCAGAUCAAGUGUCUCCACUGCCAGGGCACCUCAGAUUCCUUUAACCCGUUCCUGGACAUAUCCCUGGAUAUCCACGCGGCUCAGAGUGUGAAGCAAGCCUUGGAGGAUUUAGUGCAGGCCGAAGUGCUGUGUGGAGAAAAUGCCUACCACUGUGACCACUGCCAGGGGAAGACGACAGCUUCAAAGACCCUGAUGGUCCAAACUGCCCCGAAGGUUCUCAUGCUGGUCUUGAAUCGCUUCUCAGGUUUCACGGGCGACAAAGUCGACAGAAAAGUGAGCUACCCUGAGUCCCUUGACAUGCGGCCAUACAUGACUCAGCCUAAUAGAGGACCAUCGGUCUAUGUACUCUAUGCUGUGCUGGUCCAUGCCGGUUUGACGUGCCACAGUGGACAUUACUUCUGUUAUGUCAGAGCUGGCAAUGGGAAGUGGUAUAAGAUGGACGACUCGAAAGUCGCCAGGUGUGAUGUGACUUCUGUCCUGAGUGAGCCAGCCUAUGUGCUUCUCUAUGUUCGGGAGACUGAACUCCAAAAGGACAGCGUCACUGGGCCAGUAGACACAGUUGGCCAAGACCGACAGAGAAAGCUCAACAGAGGAUCUUGUGUGGGAGCUGCAGAGCCACGCAGGCCCGUGGAGAGCGCUGCAGCCAAAGAAAUCUCCUUAGACCAGUGGAAAGCGCUUCUGGAACACACCCGCCCGAAUCCCGCGCUGAACCUCAGGAAAACUGAGUCCACUCUGCCAGUUGAUGCUGUUGUUAUUCACCAGCCCAGACACAGAGGGCACUGGGACACAAAUGGUCCCGACAAGGAGAAUUACCCUUGUCACACUUCAACCAGGUUGCUGCCUGCUCAGAGAGCCAUGGGCACUCAGGGAGGAAGAUCCAGAACCAAGAAGAACAAGCAAAGGUGGAGGUCUCUGGUUGUUUAA